UUGGCUUGGGCCAUGGGGCUCAGGCCGGGAGGAGGCCACAGAGGAGUCAGGCCUCUCCACGGGCAGUGACCACGGCGGGGAAUGGAGCUCUGGAGAGGAAACCACGGAAGAGCCAGGAGCGCCCGUGCAGGACAGGUGAGGACCUGGUGCGGGCCGCUAGGAGGUGGCGCGGGCGCCUUCCAAAACAGAACAUCCCCGAGGUCGGUGCUGGAAUUGGGUUGCUGGCUCUGUGACUGACUCAGGCCAGCACUGGGAAGUGGAAGAGCAUGUCCUUCCCUUCACACAGCCCACAGCCCCAGGCCCUCAGCCCAUCUGAGACCGGAAGAAAGCUGCCGCUGGCCUCCAAUCAUCUGGUUACGGAGCCGACCACGACCACGGAAGCCCCAGUACCUCUUUCUUCCCAGGUGACCUCCCAGGUCACCCCCUCAAGGAUGACCCCACUGCCGCUUUUGGAUCCCGGCCACGAGUCUAACGCGAGACCUCAGCUGGUGGGGGCCAGCUGUGGGUCAGGCGUAUCCUUGUCUGGCAGGACACUGUGUCAUCCUUCCUGGCCUAUGUAUGAUGUCUGGGGCAGGAUCCCUACCUCAGGGCAUCCAGAAGAAGAGCAAGUGUCCAAGGAUACAGGGCUCCCGGUGACAAACUAUGAAGAUGUCUUUCUCUUGGACCCUCUGCUCGCCUGUGGGCAGCGUAUUCCCUUGUACCUGUCCAAGCCCCCUCAGCAGGCAAUGGGCUCUCGGAAGCUGCUGCUCCCACCUGCCAUCAUGUCCCCCUCUGUGCAUCCCUCCUCAUCCCAGGCCUGCUCUUCCACCUGGCUGAGCGAGGCAGAGAUGAUUGCCCUCGCUGGUCUGCUGCAGAUGAGCCAGGGCGAGCUGAGCUCUAACUCCUUGGCAAGCCCUCUGACCUCCAGCAGCUGCCCAGACCCUGUCUCUGCCUCUGAAGACCCAGGCCCCAAUGGUGGCCAGAGCUGUUCUGGAAGCACUGACCCAUGUCCCACACAGACCCCAGAUACCCCCCAUCUAUAGUGCCCUCCCUCCAUGAGUGCUGGCUUCUCCCCCAGGCUGUUUUGUUGAUA